AUGUCUUUGGCGCUCGCGAGGAAGUUCAACACGUCUAGACUUGGUCUGUUGACUCGGCAGACCUUGAGACCUGCCUUGCUGCCGCAGACUAGACUACUGGCUUCCCAGUCUGUUCACAGGCCUGCAACUAUCAGGUUGACAACACCAGGAUUUCAUAGAUAUCCAUCUUCAAGGAGACAUCACGCGACGCAGCCCAAGAUGGCCAGUGUCUCAACAGAAUUGAAGCAAACUCUCACCCCUUCUCUUCUGGAGGACAUCCGAACAUUCUGGUUCGAUCACCUAAGCGAUGAAAAGUCCCUGAUCCUCCCCGGCCAGAGCGAAAUGAAGCGCUGGUUCGCUACAGAUGCAGAGUUUGACAAAGCCUGCGUCGCCCAAUUUCAACCAGCUCUAGAAGCAAUACUCAGCUCAGGCGCAACAGCCACAGAAAUACUAUCUGCAGUGGACACGAAAAAUCCCCUAACCUGGCUUAGCCUUGUACUCCUCCUAGACCAAGUGCCCAGAAACUGCUACCGAGGCCCGGAAUCUAAGAAAGUAUUCACGAGCUUCGAUCCCCUGGCCUGCGAGAUAGCAUUGAAAGCCAUCUCGCUUGGGAUUCCAGCCCAAAAUCCAAUCCGGUAUAUGCUCUCCUACCGAUUCUGGUUCCAUUUACCGCUUAUGCACUCCGAGGAUGUGGGCGUGCACCACCAGGCUGUGAAAAUGCAUGAAGAGACGGCUAGAGAUAUGGAAGCGUUUUUGAAGGUAGAGAGGGAUUCUUUGGAUGAAGAUGAAAGGGAAUGUUUUGAUACUUUGUUUCAGAAGAAGGAUUUUUUGAAGGGGUGGUUGGAUAAUACGUUGGAUUUUGAGAAGAGGCAUUUGGUUAUUGUUGAGCAGUUUGGAAGGUAUCCGCAUCGGAAUAAGGCUCUCGGAAGGGCCUCUACGGAGGAGGAGGUUAAGUAUUUGGAAAACGGGGGUGAGACUUUUGGCUAA